AUGUUGUUCUACAUCUCCUUGGUCGCGCUACUCACCUUCCUCCAGGUCACGCCCAUCGCCGCAGACCGACCGACGGUCUACAUCAUCCGUCACGGCGAGAAGCCCAGCGACCCCGAGGACUCCGGCCUCAACGCCGACGGCUUCAAGCGAGCUGAGUGUCUCCGCGACGUCUUUGGCAUCCACUCGCCGUACAACAUCGGUUACAUCAUCGCCCCAAGACCAAACAGAUAUGGCGACCACAGACGGUCCUUCGAAACCGUGCUCCCGCUCGCCAUCGACCUCGGCCUCCCCGUCGACCUGUCCUGCAAACGGAACCAGGUCCGCUGCGUCGCCGGCCUGGUGAGAGAUUUCGACGGGCCGGGAAACAUCCUGAUCUCCUGGCGCCAUGGGCGGAUACAGGAGAUCGUGGAGGAACUCGGCGCCGACGACGCGCCGGAAUACCCAGAUGAGCGCGGGGUCAUGCUGGGUUCACAGUUGCAACGUCGCUCACAGGAUAUGGAUAGCUUCGAUCUGAUCUGGACUGCCCCGUUCCCAUAUGAGGAGAUCACGGAUAUCAGGAGCGAGGGAUGUCCUGGUCUGGACACUGAAGUGUUAUUGACAGUUCAAGGGUAA